ACAAUUCGCUUAUAAAUGCUGCAACACACUUGUUCUUCCUCACAAAUCAGUCUCUGGACACACUUCUCUCUGUUAUCUUCCAAGUUUCUGCUUCAAGAUCUCAAUAUGCAGCCCCAUUUCAUACAUAUCGUUGCCUUCUUUACUCUUGCACUGGUGGCAAGCCAUGCCGCCAUAGCUCCGGAGCAGUACUGGAACUCUGUGCUGCCUAACACUCCCAUGCCAAAAGCGAUCAGUGAUCUUCUGCAACCAGACUAUGCAGAAGAAAAGAGCACCUCUGUCAAUGUAGGAAAGGGCGGUGUUGAUGUCAAUGCCGGAAAAGGAAAGCCAGCCGGUGGCACGGGAGUGAACGUAGGACGCAAAGGAGUUGGCGUCGACGCAGGAAAGCCCGGUAAGGGGACUAAUGUUGGCGUUGGUAAAGGAGGAGUCUCUGUAAACACAGGGAACAAGGGAAAGCCAGUAUAUGUUGGAGUAAAACCUGGGAAAAGUCCAUUUUCUUACAUAUAUGCUGCCACUGAAGAUCAACUCCAUGAUGAUCCAACUGUAGCUCUUUUCUUCUUAGAAAAGGACAUGAAUCCUGGAACUACAAUGAAUCUACAUUUCAAUCGAAACACAAACAUGGCGGCGGCUACCAUCUUGCCUCGCCAAGUUGCGAAUUCAAUACCCUUUUCGUCGAACAAGUUGCCAGAAAUUUUCAGCCAUUUUUCAGUUAAAACUGGGUCAGUGGAAGCUGAAAUAAUGCAGGACACAAUCAAAGAGUGUGAAAGUCCUGGAAUUCAAGGAGAGGAUAAGUAUUGCGCUACUUCUCUGGAAUCGAUGGUCGAUUUCAGCACUUCGAAGCUCGGAAAGAAUGUUCAGGCAAUCUCUACAGAAGUGGAAGGGAAAACCCAAUUUCAGAAGUAUGAAAUCACAGCAGGAGUAAGAAGGAUGAAGGGUGAGAAGUCUGUUGUUUGUCAUAAGCAAAACUAUGCGUACGCCGUCUUCUACUGCCAUUCUACACAGACAACAAAUGCUUACAUUGUUCCUUUAGAGGGUGCUGAUGGGACGAAAGCCAAGGUGGUCGCGGUAUGCCACAGAGAUACCUCGGCAUGGAACCCAAAGCAUUUGGCUUUUCAAGUGCUGAAAGUUAUGCCAGGAACAGUUCCUAUUUGUCAUUUCCUUCCUCAAGAUCAUAUUGUCUGGGUUCCUAAGUAGCCAUCUGCAGCAGCUUCAAACCCCUGUUAGAUCCAAAACCUCACAGAAUUAUAUUGUUUAUAUUUGUCAAGAUAUAUGCUAUGUUGCAUGUCUGAUGUACUGGUGGUUUAUGCUCAGUUAUAGCUACUACUUGUGUUCAUAUCA